AUGGCCGCAUCUGGCCUCCUGCCAAAAGUUGGAGAAAUUUGUUUCUCUGUGUGAAAAUAAGACAUUUUUGCACUAUUAAAUAGCAGUAGGAUAAAUAUUCCAUAUCAUGCCGAGUAUGAAAGAUGAUUCGGAGCAAGAAGGAGAAGAAAUGUCUCAUGACAGCAAUGACAGCCAGAGCUCAGCAUCCUGCGACAGCAGUGCAGAACACACUGAUAGCGAUGAUUCUUCCGAAAUGGAUGAAGAUGAGUGCGAGAGGCGAAGAAUAGAUUGUAUGGAAAACUUGCAUGAUCUUGAAACUCAGUUUUCUCUCCUCAAAGAGCAACUUUACAGAGAACGAAUAACCCAAGUGGACACAAAGCUAAGUGAAGUUCGCGUCGGAAAAUCCGAAGAGUACCUCAUGCCUCUCGAAAGACUGAAAGAAAAUAUGAAAACAAAGCAGGAAGUUGCCGAAAUCCUGAGACAGUUUCGACUGCAGAACAUCAAGAACAAAUAUGAGGCAGAGGAGCAAGCGGCCUCGCAAAAUUUUAAGAGUGAAAAGGAGCUCAUCUGGGACACAAUUCAUGGUGAAUUGCAGGAGAAAAUUCGCCGACUCGAGGAGGAUCGAAACAAUGUCGAUAUUUCGGCUGACUUGUGGCAAAUUUCAAGUGGAAAGAGACGGAGAAAUCACACCGACCGAAGAAGAGCAGUUUCGGUUUCCGGACCUUUUAUAGUUUAUAUGCUCAAAGACGAGGAUAUUUUAGAGGACUGGGCACUCAUCAAAAAAAGUGUGAGCAGUCGAAAGACGGAAAUUCUUUAACAAUUCGAGGCCGAGAUUUGUUUUUUUUUUUGGCUUCAAUGAAAAGAGAACGAUUGAUAACGGAAUAUUGAAAGUGCUUCUUUAAAGUGACUUUUGCAAUGACCUAUAAACAUUUUUGGUGUAAUAUAAUAGGUAAAAAGAAGAUACUAUUUUCAGUAAAAAUCGGACAUUCACGACGGGUUCGUAAAUUAAAGUUAACAGAGUGUCCUCUAAAAUGUGUAUAAUUAGAAUUAUGAAAUAUUUAAGUACUUGAUUUUCUUCUGGUAAGUUCUGAUAUUACCGACGCGACGACGGGCUCGACUGCUUGUCGAUGGAAAAUUUAAUACUAGGUUGUGACUGAUAAAAUGCCGGUAGAAAAUUCGGGUAAAGCAGAAUUCGGAAGUGUCGGUAUUAUCAUGAAAGCUCAGGAAAAGCGAUGAAAAUUUAAAUUUAAAUAACCCAACAAGAGUGAAAAUUAUGAUGAGCAAUAAUAAGGUGACUGAAUCCACUUCAAAUCAUGCAGGUUGGCGAGUCAUGUGUUCAGGAUUGCCGGGAAAAGUAAGGAGACACGUAAUUUUUUUGUUUUAAUUGGUACAGCGAAAUUUUUACAUUUCUUACGAUUAUAUUUUAAUUUUAUGGAUAAUAUGAGGUUUUUGCCAAUUCUACUUUAAAAACUGUGCCUCUUUUUUUAGAUUUUAUGGGUUUUAUUGUUCCAGUUGAUCUAGCUGUUUGCACUCUUUUAAAAUUCA